CAGGCCCCCCUCUCAAAAUCCAACUAGAUGGUUGGCAGCAAUUACCGACCAGAAACUUUACCCCAUCGAGGUUUAACUCGAUCAUGCAGUUCUGGGUUAAUUACACGACCAGCAAGUUGAUAGCCCCGAUAGUUAGAUGCGUACUCACUGCAGAACUAUACCUGUCCUUCACCUCUACAGACCUACGGUGUUGGUUUCUAAGCAUAAGUCCCCUGCUUGCUCCGACUUCAGAAUGGAGUCGUCGUGGCAUCAUCCACCGUCGACGCCCGGCCCGGUUUCCAAUGUUCCCCAUCGGAAAUAUCAACCCAUACGACUGCUGCCCCAUGAUUUGCCCAACCGUCUGGCCUUCGGAGUCGGCCGUUGGCCGUCAACAAUCGACCUUCCUUUCGGGGAUGAUGUUGGGACCAGUUGCGGUCUGUUCAUUAAACAAAAGCCGAUUUCUGGUGCCGUGCAUUGCAAAGCUCUCAGUCUGUUGUGGCUGUUCUUUCGAAAUCUGGUGAAUAUGUUAUACCUACUAUUAUGUAGGGGGGGUGUUCAGCUAACGCAGUUACCGUCCUAUUUCUUGCAUUCGUGUUUGCCUUGCGGAACGUGUCCGUCUAUCAUUAAAUACAGCUACUUUUACCGUUACGGUUCCCGUCCAAUCAGCGAGGCAUGGCUUGACAUACAAAGGAGCCCCGAUUAUGAGGCUCACCAUUGAACCUUAUACAAACAAGGCCACAGCCACAAAUUGAUCCGC